AACAUGUUGAACAGCAUCUAUUUUGAACCUUUGCGCUUGCCGUAGAAUUUAUUUUUUACGGUAGGAAUAUGGCGUCUUCAAUGUCACUUUUGGGUCUAAGGCGGUUAUCUUUGCUGAAUACAGCGACUAAGAUUUUGCUGAAUUCAACCAGGUCCGUGAGCGCCUCGGCAUGCAGGCCGGCGGAGAAGGCGGAGCGCGAGUCGCAGCUCAUCACGGUGGACGAGAAGCUGGACAUCACCUCUUUGACCGGGGUUCCAGAGGAGCACAUCAAAACCCGAAAAGUGCGCAUCUUCGUGCCGGCGCGGACAGCCAUGCAGUCCGGGGUCAACAACACCCGCAAGUGGAGGAUUGACUUCGACACCAGAGAGCGCUGGGAGAACCCGCUGAUGGGCUGGGCCUCCACGGCUGAUCCUUUGUCCAACAUGAUCCUCACUUUUAGUUCCAAGGAAGACGCUAUUGCUUUCGCUGAAAAAAACGGCUGGAGUUACGACAUCCAAGAGAAGAGGACAUCCAAACCAAGAGUCAAGUCCUAUGGGGCCAAUUUCUCAUGGGACAAAAGGACCAGGAGGUCCGCGAAAUAAACGGACUUACUGUCCGUCCACUUAACCCUUUGAUAUUUAUACACUUGCAUUAGAAUCUGAAUAAAAUUACACGAGCGAACGUC